AUGGCGGAUCCAAAGGCGGCAGCGGCCGGCAGUGAGUCCGACGAUGACCUAUUUGGCGACGACUAUCUCAAGUAUCUCCUCCCGAACCCCGACCCUGGUCUUGAGGACGAUAUGCCACCGCUGGAUCUGCAACUUGCCUUGAAGUCCGACGAGAACACCCCUCUGCCCGUCGACGAGAUUGGGGACCCGGACCCGUUUGAUGAUCCCACCGUCUGGCACCUGUUCAACAGAGGGCAUGGUGACGGGAAUAAUGGGGCCGGGUCAUCCCAUGCGGGUCCCUCGGGGACGAGCAGUGGCGGCACGGAGGAUUGCUACUAUUCUCAACCAGAGGAUUGGAACUAUUUUGUGCCGAGAGUGCUGCCGAAUUGGCCAGCGCCACCGCUUCCAUACAAUUGCAGUUGCUGUCAAGUGCUUAGAGAGAUCAUUCAUACUCACGUGGAAACCAAUCACACCACAAAACUUGAACUCCAUGGAAGAGUUGGUAUGGUCAGCCAUGCGAUUCUGGACACUCAGCACAAUCCGGGUGUGGUACCAUCCAACGGCGAGGAUCGGUAUCAAAUGUUUGAUUUUUGCAAGAAAAGCAUACAGAAUGUGAAGGAUUUUCUGCAGCAAUACUGUGAGGGAAGGAGGCUGGCUGGCUACAUCAUGUACCAGGACCCGCUCGCCAUGUUCUAUGAAGCUGUGUGCGUCGGAAUAGAUUUCAAUGGCAAUGUAAAUGCCGAUUAUUUUCAACUACCUCUGCCUCCGACUGUUUCAGUGCAGAGGGAGAGAGCAGGAAAGAUGACCCUGUCAGAUGUCGGAGGUUACUUCCAUCUUCCGAUCGAAAAGGCUUCUGAAAGAUUGCAUUUGUGUCCUACCGUUGUCAAGAAAAUUUGCCGAAAAGGCGGAGUGGGGCGGUGGCCUUAUAGAAAGAUUCAAUGUAUUGAGAGAAAGAUCUUGGAAUUAAGGGAGCAGCUAAAGAGAGAAGAUGAACCGAAAAGGAGUCGCACCCAAGCAGAGAUCGACGAAUGGCAACGAAAUUUGGACAAGAUCCGCUAUGGAGUCGCUAGAACGGACUAG